UAAUGGCUCUCUGCUGAAUUGCACACAAGACCUAGUCUGCAAAGCUCUUGCGUCAUCGACUGCAAUUGUCCCAGGGCUUUCAGCAAGGGCGACUGCUCCUUGAUAGUACAACCAGCCGAAUUUUACAUAUAUAUCGCAUUCCAAUCAGCACACUAGCGAUGCAGCCACUGGGCCGGACCGGGGCCCCGGUACUCGCAUUGCUUGCUCGCGGAGGCUCAGCCGCGUGCUGCCAGGCGCAUGCGAUGCUUAACUCUGGCGCCUUGGCCCCGCAUCUGAUGUCAUACUGCAGCGCCGGCAUCGGCGCCAGCAGAGAGCAACCACCGAGCGCGGGGUGCGCUGGCACCGCCAGCAUCACCGCUGCCACCGCCACCAGCGCCCCCUCCUCCUCCGGCCGCCCUGCACCCGCCCCCACCUCCGCAUCCGUCCCCACCUCCUCAUCCGUCCCCACCUCCGCCUCCUUCCUCCCCACCUCCGCAUCCGUCCCCACCUCCGCCUCCUUCCUUGCCGGCGCCGCGGCACGCGGCCUCGUCCGCGCCACGCGCCAACUCGCCCUGGCAGCCACCUCCGCCGCCCUGCCCGCCCCCUCCCCGCGCGGGCCCCUGCCCCAGCCCCUGCCCCAGCCCCUGUCGGGCGUAAGGCACAAGGGCACGCGCACGAAUCUCGAUGAGGCGGCCCAGGCCACGGGGCUUAGUAAGCCGGCGGUCAGCGCCGACCUGAUGUCUCGAGUGAAGGAUGCGGGGCUGGUGCGCACGGCGGGGCUCAUCGGCGGCAAGUGGACCGAGGUGGCCAGCGACAAAGGCACCUUCGAUGUGCUGAACCCCGCCACGGGCGCCGUGAUCGCCACGCUGCCGCGCAUGCGAGCCGACGAGACGCGCGCCGCCAUCGCCGCCGCGCACAGCGUGUUGCCGCAGUGGCGAGCCACGCCCGCCAGGGAGCGGGCGGCCAUACUGCGCAGGUGGCACGACCUCAUUCUGCAGCAUCAGUCCGACAUCGCGGCACUCAUGACAGCCGAGUGCGGCAAGCCCACGGCGGAGGCGCUGGCGGAGAUCGCCGGGGGUGCCGCCUCCGUGGACUGGUUCGCGGGCGAGGCGGUGCGCGUGGCGGGAGACGUGCUGGAGCCACCCAGCAGGGACCGGCGUAUGGUGGUCCUGAAGCAGCCGGUGGGGGUGGUGGGCGCCAUCACACCCUGGAACUUCCCCAUGAGCAUGAUCACUCGCAAAGUUGCGCCCGCGCUGGCAGCCGGUUGCACGGUGGUGCUCAAGCCCGCCGAGCUAACGCCGCUGACCGCCAUCGCGCUGGCGGGGCUGGCGGAGCGGGCGGGGCUGCCGGACGGCGUGUUGAACCUGGUGCUGGGAGACGCGGCGGCCAUUGGCCACGAGCUGGUGCACAGCGACACGGUGCGCAAGAUCGGCUUCACCGGCAGCACAGCGGUGGGCAAGAUGCUGGCCGCCGGCGCGGGCGCGGGCGUGAAGCGUGUGAGCCUGGAGCUGGGCGGCAAUGCGCCGGUGCUGGUGUUCGAGGACGCAGACCUGGAGCUGGCGGCAAGGGGCAUCGUUGCCUCGGCGCUGCGCAACGCCGGCCAGACCUGCAUCUGCGCCAACCGCGUGUUCGUGCACACAGCCGUGUACGACAAACUGGCGGAGGCGGUGGUGGGCCGGGUCCGCAAGCUCAAGGUGGGCGAUGGCGCCGAGCCGGGCGUCCACGUGGGGCCGCUCAUCACCCCCGCGGCCCUGGACAAGGUGACGGCCCACGUGCACGACGCGGUGGCCAAGGGCGGCAAGCUGCUGGUGGGCGGCGGGCGGCCUGAGGCGGCGCAGCUGGCGGGAGGCGGCGGCGGCGGCGGCGGCGGCGCGGCGGCGGCAGCUGCUGGCAAUUUCUACUUGCCCACCGUGAUUGGGGAGGCCACCAUCGACAUGCGCUGCUUCAAGGAGGAGACGUUCGGCCCGCUCAUCCCGCUGUUCCGGUUCACCAGUGACGAGGAGGCGGUGCUGCUGGCCAACACCACAGAGUACGGGCUGGCUGCCUACUUCUACACACGUGACCUGGGCCGGGCGUGGCGCGUGGCGGAGGAGCUGGAGUUCGGCAUGAUCGGCCUGAACGAGGUGGCCAUCACCAGCGAGGUGGCUCCCUUCGGCGGCGUCAAGCAGUCGGGGCUGGGUCGCGAGCAGUCCAAGUACGGCAUCGCCGAGUUCAUGGACAUCAAGUACGUGUGCAUGGGGCUGGGCUACGCCCGCCCCAGCGACCCCAGCAGCGACUCUUCGACGACCUCGUCGUCGUCGUAAGCGCUGGGUGUGUGGCAGAAGCUGUGGCGGUCGGGCUGAUGCGCGAGGGUAUGCAUGGGGCUGGGCCACGCCGGCCCCACCAGCCCGAGUGGCGGCAGCAGCAGCAGCGACAGCAGCGGCUCGGCGUAGGAGGCGGCGGAUGUGGAGGCAGAGGCGGCGGAGGCGGAGGUGGAGGAGCUGGGCGAGUAGGUGGGCGAAUGGGCUCUGGUGCAUUUGUGUCCGAGGGGGUUGUGGCUCGCCUCAGCGGCGGGUGUGUGCGCGCGCACGCGCCAGCGGGCACAGCAGCGGCGGCGGCGGCGGCGGUGGCCCGAGGGUCUCCGCGCUUUUGGGUUGUGUGAGACUUUACGAAUACUUUGCAGGUCGGCGGCGAGUCGUGUGUUUGCAGUUUGCCGAAGUGAUAUUGCCGAGAUGAUUGUUGUGCCGGCUCGGUUGCGGACCUACAUGGGCUGCCAUGGGCAUUGACGGCGGUGUACGGCGGCGUACGUGGGCGCGGCGCAUUACCGGUGCGGUGGGGUGUGGCUGUGCGGAGUGUGUGGAGUGUGUGUGGAGCACUGGGGGUGCGUGGGCUGUACCGUACAUGGCUGGCGGGGCAGGAUGAUGUGUGAUGUGCGAGGGCAGGAGGCGUGUGUUUCGCGGCACGGUGCGGCGCGGUGCCGCUGUGCCGGUGCUGACGCACCGUGUGUGUGCGCUCAGGGCCGCGGUGCGGCUCCAAGACAGACGCCGGGUCACGUGGGGGCGUGGCGUGGUGCACGCGCGCUGCAAUGCAGCGUGCAACGCGGAUGGCGCACCGUACUGAUGGGUACACCCAUGUCCAGCAGUGUACGGUGCGGCGGUGGUUGGUGGCGGCGGGGUGACAGGGGAGGGGCAGCGGCGUCGGCGGCGGUGCGGUAACUGUUAUCGCUAUCGGGGAGGGGGCAGGGGAUGAUAUCAUGAUCCGGCCCACCAUCGCGCACGUGGGGGAUUGUAAAUACCCGCCCAAACUAAACUGUCAUGCAAUUCUACGUGCUGACGCUUUCCCCGCGUGCCCUGUCACGCGUGAUGUAUUGUGCCGGAAAGCCCGAACUAGACACCGGCCGGGGAAGGUGCGUGGGCAUGAGUCGCAUGGCACUGUAUGGGCUGAGCUGCAUACCUUAUAUCAAUUAGCACCCUUUAUACGAAACUUGGCAGGAACCUGUGCAAAACUUUGUGGGACUGCUCGUCAGCUGUUGAUGGCGACUCCGGGGGCGAGGGCGGUCUUUCCCAGCUGGCUGGGCGCUCGGUGGACUAAGCCGAGCGGGCCUUAAUUGAGCUAGCUACAGCGGCUGCGUGUGAGCGGCUGGUAACUGAUGCCCCGACAUUGAGUUUGGCAGGGCAAGCCAACCGCCCGUCUACGAUACCUGGACCCCCUGAAAACACCCAUGUAAAGCACAACAGCA